UCCAGCGCUGUCCACACCACACGCCGUGUGGUAACUGUUGAAAAGAGUCACAACACAGGCUUCUGUCAUGGAGGAAAAACAGACUGCAGACACCUGCGAGAGGAGAGGGAGAUUAACCAUGGUACUUACCCUGGCCACCCUCAUAUCUGCAUUUGGCUCAUCCUUCCAGUAUGGAUACAACGUGGCCGUGGUCAACUCUCCUGCUCUGUACAUGAAAGCGUUUUACAAUGCCACAUACCUGGAGCGCUACAACAAGCCGAUAGAGGAGAACUUCCUCACUCUGCUCUGGUCUCUGUCUGUGUCCAUGUAUCCUUUGGGGGGAUUUUUUGGGUCUUUGAUGGUGGCUCCACUGGUCAACAAACUAGGGAGGAAGGGUACUCUCCUCUUCAAUAACAUCUUCUCCAUCGUCCCUGCUGUCAUGAUGGGAGUCAGUGAGAUCGCAAAGUCCUAUGAGAUUAUAAUCGUGGCCAGAUUUAUAGUGGGUAUCUGUGCAGGGUUGUCAUCCAAUGUAGUUCCUAUGUAUCUGGGUGAAAUCUCUCCCAAAAACCUAAGAGGGGCCAUUGGCAUUGUACCGCAGCUCUUCAUCACCAUCGGCAUCCUCAGUGCACAGGUCCUUGGGAUAAGAAAUAUACUGGGAAACAGCACAGGCUGGACUCUGAUGCUGGGCCUCACUGCCGUCCCUGCUGCAGUGGAGCUCCUGCUGCUGCCAUUUUUCCCUGAGAGCCCAAGGUACCUGCUCAUACAGAGAGGCGACGAGAAGACAGCUAGAAAAGGACUACAGCGUCUGAGGGGCUGGGAGGACGUGGAUGAGGAGUUGUCAGAGAUGCGGGUGGAGGACCAGUCAGAGCGGGCGGAGGGUCGUCUGUCCGUGCUGGCGCUGCUGUCCAAACGCUCUCUCCGCUGGCAGCUCAUCUCCAUUGUUGUCAUGAACAUGGGCCAGCAGCUGUCUGGGGUCAACGCGAUCUACUAUUACGCAGACAGUAUUUAUGCCACCGCUGGGGUCAAACCCAAUGAUAUCCAAUAUGUCACCGUGGGAACUGGUGCAGUCAAUGUCUUCAUGACCAUAGCUGCAGUUUUCAUUGUAGAGGCCACGGGACGUCGUCUCUUGAUGCUCAGUGGCUUUGGAAUCUGCUGUGUCGCCUGUGUGUUACUGACUGUGGCUCUUAACUUCCAGGACAGCGUGACAUGGAUGCCCUACAUCAGUAUCUCCUGUGUCAUCAUCUACGUCAUCGGCCACGCCAUUGGCCCCAGUCCCAUCCCGUACGUAGUCACCACUGAGAUGUUCAGGCAGUCUGCACGGCCCGCUGCUUUCAUGGUCGCAGGGUCUGUGCACUGGCUCUCCAACUUCACUGUGGGACUGGUCUUCCCUUUUCUGGAGAGAGGCCUGGGCUCCUUCAGCUUCAUCAUCUUCUCCUGCAUCUGUUUGGUCACGCUGGUUUACAUCUGGGUGGUGGUUCCUGAGACCAAAAACCAGACGUUUUUGGAGAUCUCUCAGGUGUUUGCCAAAAGGAACGGAGUGGAGAUCAAACUGGUCGAGGGGGAGCUGCCUCUGACCCAGACCAAAGAUGGAGGCCUGGGGAGCGAGGAGUUUAAAGCCACAGCACUCUGAGAGAAACUGGAGCGUUGAAGACGGAACAGGAAGUACUAGCUCUGACUGUCAUACUUAUAG